UAUAGUCAAAGCACAUCAAAACCCUAGUCCCCAGCUCUCUCGUAUUAAUAAUCCUCUUUCUUCCUCCAAACCCUAGCCAGUCGUCUUCCUCUGCUGCUCCGCCACUGUUGCUCAGAUUCCAUUCGCAAUGGCUUCCGAGAAGAAAUUGGCGAACCCCAUGAGGGAAAUCAAGGUGCAGAAGCUCGUCCUCAACAUCUCCGUUGGUGAGAGUGGCGAUCGUCUCACAAGAGCCGCUAAGGUGUUGGAGCAGCUCAGUGGCCAAACCCCUGUGUUUUCCAAAGCUAGGUACACUGUCCGUUCUUUUGGUAUUAGAAGAAAUGAAAAGAUUGCAUGCUAUGUUACUGUUAGAGGUGACAAGGCAAUGCAGCUUUUGGAGAGUGGUUUGAAGGUGAAGGAAUAUGAACUUCUGCGAAAAAACUUCAGUGAUACUGGGUGCUUUGGCUUUGGUAUUCAAGAGCAUAUUGAUCUGGGAAUAAAGUAUGAUCCUUCCACUGGUAUUUACGGCAUGGAUUUCUUUGUUGUUCUGGAGCGCCCUGGUUACCGUGUUGGACGUCGUCGUCGGUGCAAGUCUCGUGUUGGGAUCCAACAUCGUGUCACAAAAGAUGAUGCUAUGAAGUGGUUCCAGGUGAAAUAUGAAGGUGUGAUCCUCAACAAGGCGCAAGCGGUUUUCUAGACCGAGCUAUAUUGUCUAUGGAAUUUGCAAGUUUUGUUAAUUAUAACUUGAUGUUUAUUGAACUAAGUAGCUUAAAUUUCUAGAAUAUUAAUGUGUCUGGUUAUGAACUUUUGUAUGGAGUUUAUUUCUGAUCAAUUUAUUUUUGGUUGAUUCA